CUGACAGCGACCACGAUGGGGCUCGCUCGACAGGCGGACGAGAGAGGCAGGGCGGCUCGACAAGACGACUCGCUGGGUGAAGACGUCAGACGGCUCAUGCGCUCGUUCGCGAUUAAGGAGAGGGACGACCAGACGUACAUUUUUUGCCCCGGUCCCACCACCCCGUCGGAACAGGGACAAAGCCGUAAACUCCGCCCCAUUCCCCGUUCCGGCCCUACCCGCGCGCGCUCUCUCUCUCUCUCUCUCUUCUUGCUGCUCCGUUUCGUCUCCACGACUCCACUAGCUCUUGGCCUACUGCAACUCCCAUCCCCACGCGACGCAGCCCUCCUCUGCUCCCUCAGAUAUCCGAGAUCUCGCCUCGCCAGCGAGCGACGGAGUGAGAGGCCGGCGAUGGGGAACUGCUGCUCCGACGAGAUGGGCCACGCUGGCUCCCACUCGGUGGGCCCCGCCUCCGCCUCCGCCUCGGCCGCCGCCUCUGCCGUGGCCGACCGCUUCCUCCGCUCCCGUGGCGCCGGCGCGUCCACGCAGCUCGAGCUAUCUCUCUCUGCAUCAAAAUUGGGCGAUCAAGAAUACUUUCCCAAGAGUAAUCCCAUGAUGAUCGUGUAUUCUAAAAGGAAAGAUGGAGCACUUGAAGAACUUGGGCGUAGUGAAGUAAUUUUUAAUUCUCUGAACCCAUCUUGGGCUACAAAAAUCAGUGUGCAUUACCAGUUUGAGGUUCUUCAGCCAUUGGUUUUUCAGGUUUAUGACAUUAGCCCACAGUUCCAUGAUGUCAAUGACAAGAUCCUUAAGCUGGAGGAGCAAGUGUUUCUUGGAGAGGCUACCUGUCUUUUGUCCGAGGUUAUGACAAAACGGAACAGACUGCUGACUCUGAAGCUUGGUGUCUCUGAACAUAGUUUGCCAAAUCCUAGUAAAUUUGGUGAGCUAACUGUUCAGGCUGAAGAAAGUGCAGGUUCAAAAGCAAUAAUGGAGAUGGUAUUCCGCUGUUCAGAUCUUGAAAUCAAAGAUCUUCUCUCAAAGAGUGAUCCUUUCUUGCUAAUAUCUAGAAUAUCAGAUAAUGGAAUGCCUGUUCCAAUUUGCAAGACAGAAGUAAGGAAGAAUGAUCUCAAUCCUAGGUGGAAGCCAGUUGUUCUGAAUCUCCAACAGAUUGGAAGUAAGGAGAACCCUCUAAUUAUAGAGUGCUUUAACUUCAGUAGCAAUGGAAAACAUGACCUAGUCGGCAAGAUAGUAAAAUCAGUUGCAGAAUUGGAAAACAUAUACCAUAGUCAGAAUGGUGAAAAUUUCUUUGUUCCUGGCAGCACUGCUCAUGAAUGUCACAGUAAGGAGGUGCUGAAGAGUCAAGUAUAUGUGGAGAAAUAUGUCGAGAGCAAUAGACAUACCUUUCUAGAUUAUAUUUCUGCUGGGUGCCAGUUGAAUUUUAUGGUAGCCAUAGAUUUCACAGCUUCAAAUGGAAAUCCGCGACUUCCGGAUUCCUUGCAUUAUAUUGACCCCUCCGGUCGGCCAAAUGUAUAUCAGAAGGCAAUACUAGAAAUUGGAGAUGUUCUACAGUAUUAUGACACAGCUAAGCGUUUCCCCUCUUGGGGCUUUGGAGCAAGACCUAUUGAUGGUCCUGUUUCCCAUUGUUUCAACUUGAAUGGCAGCACUUAUCAACCUGAGGUUGAUGGAAUACAAGGAAUUAUGACAGCUUAUAUCAGUGCACUUCGUAAUGUAUCACUGGCUGGUCCUACUCUCUUUGAUGAGCUGAUUAGCACCGCUACGACAAUAGCUAGCCAAUCUGCUGCUGGCAAUCAACAGAAAUACUUUAUUUUGUUAGUAGUCACUGAUGGUGUAGUGACUGAUUUUCAAGAGACUAUUGAUGCAAUCAUAAAGGCAUCCGAUUUUCCUUUAUCCAUCAUUGUUAUUGGAGUUGGUGGGGCUGAUUUCAAGGAAAUGGAGUUUCUAGAUCCAAAUAAAGGAGAGAGGUUGGAAAGCUCAACAGGGAGAGUUGCAUCAAGGGAUAUGAUACAGUUUGCCCCGAUGAAGGAUGUACACGGCAGUGGGAUAUCAACAAUCCAGUCACUUCUUGCCGAGAUACCAGGGCAAUUCAUGACAUACAUGAGAACAAGAGAGAUUCAAGCAAUUAGUUAGUAUAUGAUGCCAUCUUUCAGUAGAAGAUAAUUCUUUCCAUGUUCUUUCAGCAUGCGUGUUAAAAAGCAAGAUGGAUUGUAUGGAUGUGUUAAAGGUAGAUGAGAGAUUGAUCUCCUGGAUAUGAUAGCCAACAUCAAAUUUAGUGAGUUGAGGUAAGAACUGCAAGGCCUGCGGAUUGAAGAAUGUUGUUUGUGAAGAGCCAUUUGUAUCUCAGGCCAUCUUAGUUUCUUGUCAAGUUUUACCAAACUUUGUUCUGUUUGAGUUCUGGGACUCCUUAGGGUAGCAAUUCGUUAUUGGAAAGAGCUCAUCUUUUUUUGUACCUAUUUGUUAGAUAUGACAUUAGGGUUUUGAACCUUGUUUUAUCCGUAGGUACAUGGUAAUCGGAAGAAACUUUAUGUUAUGUGCAUUCAUUUUUUUUUUCAA